AUGUUCAUAGUUUGCGAUUCAAAUGCAGCUUCUGGUGUGGAGUGCGGUUUGAAUGAAGUUUUCAACGUUGACAUUCAGUUUUGUGUACCGGGAAAUCCUGACACUUGUGAAGUUAGCAGACCGGAAGUGGCAUGUGGUGGUCGUCCCGAUGGAAUAGUUCCUCAUCCUGAUGAAUGUAGACAGUAUAUCCUAUGUAUUGGAGGUAGUUCGAUAGUUCAGGAUUGUCCUCUGGGUCAAAUUCUUCGACCGGAGGUUCCAGUUUGCGUAGCUGGAAACUCGGAUACUUGUGAAUUUAUGGAUGACGUAUGUUCUGACCUACCCAACGGCUGGGUCGUGGAACAUCCCAAUCAUUGUGAUCUUUUUAUUUUAUGUGAACAUGGGACAACAAAUAUUCACUCCUGCCCCACCGGAUCAAUUCUACGACCAGAUAUGCAGUUCUGUGUUCCAGGAGAUGCGAAUACUUGCACCAAUACGCCAAUCGGGGGUAUGUGCACAGGAAUUGUGUUCCCACAACGCUUCCCGCAUCCGGAGCUUUGUGAUCGGUAUAUUGUGUGUCAAAAUGAAGAGAUUAUAAUUUUACCAUGCUUAGACGACCAUAUCGUAGAACCAGGUACAAUCGAGUGUGUUCCCGGCAAUCCAAAUACCUGUAGCUUGUAUACUCAUCUUUGUUUCGGGAGACCAGAUGGUCUAAUAGCUCAUCCUUCAAAUUGUCGACGAUUUAUUGAAUGCCGAUCUGGUUUCGUGAUAUUGGGCACUUGCCCUGCUGGCCAAAUUUGGGACCCAAACACUGGUGUCUGCGUUAUUGGAAAUACGGAAACGUGCGACAAUUUGAGUGAUUUUUGUGUUGGUCUCGCAGAUGGAGUACAUCCACAUCCAAACUAUUGUCACCUAUUCGUACUUUGCUCGAACGGACAAACUGCGGUUCACAAUUGUCCAGCGGGUGAAAUUCUAAGACCGGAUAUGCAGUUCUGUGUUCCUGGAGUUGGAUGUGAACCAACACCUCUGGAAAGGAUGUGCGAGUCACGUGAUGGUGUCAGAUAUCCGCAUCCGGAUUAUUGUUCACUCUGGGUUAACUGUAUCAAUGGAGUGCCAUCUGUUGAAAAUUGUCCAGAUGGAACAAUUAUCGAGCCAGGAACCAUUCAAUGUGUCGCAGGUAACAGCGAAACUUGUACAUUACAUACUCACCUAUGCAGUGGAAUCCAGCAAGAUGUUCUCCCUCAUCCUGAUUUGUGCCACGUCUUUCUGCGCUGUGAGUCCUCACAAACUCUAACUUCAAGCUGUCCACGAGGAACCAUUUUCCACCCAGACGCUAGACAAUGUCAAAUUGGAGACAGAGAGUCUUGCACGUCCCUUCAGAACACAUGCACUCAACUGGCAGACCAGGUACUACCUCACCCAAACUUUUGCGAUAUAACCAUUGAAUGCCGAGACAGUAUUACUCUCAUGCGGAUGUGCGCACCAGGCCUUAUUCUUCAUCACCAAAUGCAAGUUUGCUCGCCUGGUAAUGCCCAAACCUGUACCUUGAGGGAUUUCAACACUAUGUGCAGCGACCAUUUGCAAGGUGUAUUCCCAGUUCCCGAUCAAAACCAAUGCGCAGAUUUUGUGAUAUGCAAUGGUUUCAUUCCAUUGCUGCGGACAUGUCGUACCGGUUCAGUUCUGCGUCCGAGAUUCAUCGAAUGCGUCCCCGGCAACGAAGACACCUGCGAGUUCUUCCCACAUAUCUGUUUGUUCCGGCCUCCGAAUGACAUCAUUCCUCACCCGAUACGAUGCGAUAUGUUUGUGAUGUGCAUUUCCGAGAUGCCAAACAUCGUAGACUGUCCCACUGGUCAGAUCUAUGUGGAUUCUUUCGGAUUUUGUGUUCCCGGAGACACUUGGACUUGCACGCCGUUUUGAUGUGGCUCCGAGGAGAAAA